AGAUUGAUUGAUCAAAUGAAGAAAAGACAGAUCAGGAAGGAUAUGGGAUCAAGCAAAUUAGUGGAUCCUAGUACCUGCGUGACAAGAAUUGUCCGAUAUGCGGAGUGUCAAAAGAAUCAUGCGGCGAGCAUGGGCGGUUACGCCGUCGACGGCUGUCGGGAAUUCAUGGCUAGAGGCGGCGAAGGGACGCCGGCCGCCCUUGUCUGUGCCGCCUGCGGAUGCCAUCGGAGUUUUCACCGGAGGGACGAACAGUUGGAAGUAGUAAGUGAGUCAUUUUGAAUCCAUCACUUUAAUUUCUAUAUAUAAUAUGGGUUUAUGAAUUAGAUUACAAUUUUUUUUAUAUGAAUAUUAUAAUUGAAAAAUCUAUUUAUUGUGUGUAUGUGUUUGUAUAAUUGUUUGUAUCCAAUCAUAUCAUCCAUAUGUAUAUAUCCAUCCACUUGCAUACGUAUGAUAAGGAAAUUUCAUAAUUUAAGGCCGUUUAUGUUAAUUUAUUCGA